AUGUCUUCUAAGUCCAAGUGCUCGAAAAAGUCGGCCACAAUCUUGCAUGCUGUUCCUGAGAGUCCGAUAUUACAUGACAAGGCUCUCGAGCAGCAACGAGGCCUGGAUAUCGGACAGAGUUACCAACGGUAUCUUCGGUCCCAUGGCAAGUCUGCAACUUCACCAAGCAAGCCAUCUUCGCCAUCUCUAGCCGAGGAUAUCAAAGGCGGUCCAAGAAGCGCAACCCCCAGUAGUGCUAGGCCUACGACAAGCCGCUCCAACCCAGGACUGAAGAAGGCCCGGAGCACCCCACUACUGAAAGAAACGAUUGGAUCGUAUAAACAUGGGAAGAUUCAUUGGCGAAAAGGCACCCGCUGCCCCUCCAGAUCCGACACCAGCAGCAGCCAGCCCUUUGACCGGUUUCAUAAACCAAAGAUAAGGGUAGUCAUCCCUAGUGGAAGGGAUCGACCUCUACCCGCCCUUCCCUUCUUCGAUACACCAAAAGGAAGCUCUUGUCAUUCGACCCUGAAUAGGCGCGAGGGAAACCGUGUCUAUGAUGUGUCACCCCCGUCUGCGACCCCAAAUACCAUUCGAAAUUCAAUCGUUUCACCAUUGAGCCAAUUUCACUCACAUAUCCACGCCAAACGAGUGCAACACACAGCCUCAGUAGGCCGCAAGGGCAGCCGCGGGGUUGCAUCGCGCAGUACAAAAUAUCACAAGAGAUGGUCACAAUCAAGUAGCGGGUCCGAUUACUCACACCAUAGCGAUGCGUCGUCGAUUCACAGCAACCGCUCGUCGAAAACAAGUGUGGAGAUUGAGGACGUUCCAAACAGAUCCAAGGCUGUGAGACGCUCCGUGUCCGAAUCUAUCGUCCAAAGUUCAAUCGUUGGCACCAUUCCCGUGCUGUUUCAAACGACAGUCUCGGCAGAGGCUGCCCGCAACGAGCGUAUUCCUCCGCCUGCUUCCCCACCUCGUAGAUACGCAUCGCAUCCCCCCAUCGAACAGGACGAGUCUUUCAAGCCCACCUGUGAGGCAGAUUGCAAUCGUGGUACUGUGAAGAAGUUACCGCGCAGACCCAUUAUAGCCCGCAAAUCAUCCAAGCGAAAUAUUGCCCGACGGAGCCGCACACUGGACGCUUCACACGGGGUCAUCGACAAAGCAAUCAGGCGUUCUGCGUCUAAGGAAUUUUCAACCCUCACACCAACCCUUAGUCAGGCUGUGGACGACUUGGAACACACUCUCAUUUCCUUCACCACUGAACAGCCCACGGCAGAGAAUGAAGAGCCAGCGCAGCCUACUUCCCCCAAAGAGGCUGAGUGGCUCGAGAGUCCUCGGGAGAUGAAAGACCAGACAGAUGCUACUGUCGGUGAUGAAGCAAAAGAGCACUGCCCGCUCGACCUUGGAGAAUUCGAACCUCUUGAUCCACCACCAGAGGUGCCGAGGAAGUCAAGUAAGCGACGCUCAGCUGCGUAUUAUAAAUCCAUCGCCACACUCCCGGACAGUCACAUCGCGUCGCAGAUGUCGGAAGCACGCCCACGUACAAGGAUCAACGGCGGCCUCAAGCUUGCCAUUCCAGAACCCAAGAAGACGGCCAAGACCUUCGAACCCGUCCCGGUCGAAAUGCCGCCACCAGACUUGAAACGUACGAUUACGCCAGGAGGUGCAGAGAGGGUCAUAUUGGGUAUUUUGCAAAGUUUGGACAGUUGGGACGACUUGUUUGCUGCGGCCAAGGUGAACCGGGGCUUUUAUCGCGUCUACAAGCGCCACGAGCUCGAUCUUAUCAAAUCCACACUGUACAAGAUGUCUCCUCCCGCGUGGGAAUUCAGAGAGAUUGCUUUUCCUGGGCACGAUCUGUUGUACGCCGAGGACCUGGAGAUGGCCCGACCAGAGGAAGAAUAUACGCCUUUGACCUAUAUGCAGCUACAUAAGCGCGACGAGGCAGUCGUCUGUAAAAUCAAGGCACAGAUUCUGGAGAAGUGCCAGUCGUUCUUGCGCCCUGAAAUCACGGUUGCGCUUGUUACCAAUGGCCCCGAGGAGCGUGCUAGGGUCGACAGUGCAUUGUGGCGUAUUUGGACCUUUUGCAAGAUAUUCGGAUCUGGAAAGGGCCGUGAAGAGGACAUUGUGGCUCAGAUGGACUGGCUGAAAGGGGGCGACCUCGCUCAUGAGAAGACUGGCUCGGGCAUUAUGACCACCGACUACAUGAAUGGCACUCUGAUUGGUGCCCCCGAAUGCUUUGCCCAAGGCAACGAAGGCGGCCUGACUGCCGAGCAACUAUUCGACAUGAUGGAGCUUUGGAACUGUCUAGGUGUUCUUCUCCAGGGCUUUGCGGGGAAGACGCCAGAGGCACGUCAAGCUGGUGUCUUUGAGCCUACCCAUGUUCGUGGCGGUGACAUUGACGGAGAAUGGGCAAUGCUUGACGAAUGGUGCAACUACCUUCUUACAUUUGGUCUCUCCACCGUCCUCGACCUCUCCGUGCUUCUCUCUCCACACGAUGUCAAACCCGCGUUCGAUCUGGCAGCUCAAAAAGGCUUGGUCAAUUGGAGCCCCCCUGUCUCUGGGGGCUCGCGCCGUAAAUUCCUCUCCGAAGCCACAUCCCGAAUCUACGAAGACAAAAUCGCAAACAAAUAUGCCCGGCUCUCCUCGCGCGAGGUCCAACGCCAACAGUCCAAGAUGCGCAUCCAGCGCCACAUCAGCGAACUCCGGUACCGCAAGAACACGGGCAACCACGGACCGAUGAUCACCAUGAACGAGGAACGCCCAAUGAGUGAAUGGGACGCCGUGAUCGCCAACCUCACCCGACAGCCACCCACCCAAGCCGCAGCCAACAACAUCGUCUCGUACAUUCCAUCGCUGCGCUCCGCUCACGCCAGUGAACUCAGCAUCCCGCUCGCCGAACUCCCAAACGCGAGAACUCCAUCUCCAAUUCCCCGGCUGGUCGCUGAGCCCCUUCUUCCCACCCCACCGCCUUCCACCGUCCCGAGCAACCGGUAUAGCAUAGCAACCAGCAUGCCCUCGAUUGAAGAACACCCAGCCCACCGCCGCUCCAACACCAUCGCCGCCAGACCCACCAUGGCAGACCACCCCUAUUUCCGGCACCGCGUCCACCAACAAUACCAACCGCACCACCAGCACCUCCACCACCGCCAAUCCACCCACCACUCCCCCUCCAGCAUCUACUCCUCCUCCUCCCCCAGCCCCAUCACCCCGACCCACCCCGUCUUCGCCCAGCACCCGGCCCAGCGCGACAUCUUCAGCACCGGGAGCCACGAGAACACGGCCGACAAGGCGAUUUACCGCAUCGUUGAGAUGGGCUUCACGCCCGAGGAGGCCAAAGAGGCGCUCCGGCUGACGGACGCGGGGGAUGGGUUGAGGGUGGAUGAGGCGGUGGAGUGGUUGUUGAGGCGGCAGGGGUGA